GAUAAAAUCCAUUUAUAGUGGGGUUUCCAAGCUAAACAGACCAUUUCAAGUACUAAGUAAUGCCGCCCAUUAGCCUUUUUAACCUUCUCACAUAAGUGUCGACAAUAUAUGCAUUAACUGAAGGACUUCAAAAGGACGCAUAACUUAUUAAUAAGGAAUUAAAAAGUCAAUUAAAAGUCGCAUUUCUUGAUUCAGCAUAUUCAAAAAUGACUAUACACUCUUUGGAAUUAUUCUUAAUAAAAAAUAAGCAUGAAUUUACAUGUAGCAUAUCUCAAAUAGCCAACAGGAAACUGGGAGUUGAUGCCAGUUAUUUUCUAAUAGAACUUUUAAAAAGACUAAGCCCGGAAGAGCUUCAAGCAAUUUCUGUGGAUGGAGAAUCCGAAAUCCUUUACGCUUAUGUUAAUUCUUUUCUUGAAGCCUUGAAAAAAAAUAAUGUUACUCCUUUAUUCGUUUUUAAUGGCAUUCCCUUAACCUUUGAAGCUAGCAGUCAAAGUGAAGCUUUACAUAAACAAAAAAAGUUAUACCAGAUACAAUAUUCAUUGUCAAGCUUUGAUCCGUACGAUGCUAACAUUCACACAAAUUUGUAUCGAAUGGACCCAAAUGGCAGUCAUCGUAACAAUUUUGAAAAUCGACGCACCUUUCUCUACAGUAGUCAACGAGAUUCUUUAGAUAGAUUAUGUGAUUUUUUGAAAAACAUUUUGGACAAGAAGAAAAUUGACUAUUUUGUUGCUCCCUAUUUAGCUAUGGCACAGCUUUCCUACUUCCAGAGAGGUGCUUCAAAACGUUAUGUUGAUGCUGUAUAUGGUCCAGAAGAUCUUCUUCUUUUCAACGUGAAACGCCCUAUCGUGUCUAUUACUAUUCCAUUUUUGCAGUCGGAGUCCUUUCGUUCUUCUCUCUCCGUUCCUCACUUAAUUAAAGAGGAGAAACAGUCUUCCACAAUUCAAUGGUUAGAUGGAGAAUCUAUCUAUCAAGAUAGCAGAUGCACAUCCUGGAGUCAAUUUGUUGAAGCGUGUCUACUUUGUGGUACUGCCAUUUCACCCACACUUCCUCAAUUUGAAGGAACUUUCUUAUUAAAAUCUGCUAUAGAAUUGGUAAUGAUGCUAGGUUCCGCUUAUCGCGUUGUGGAAGGAUUUGCCGACACAUUGCCAUCCGGUACUGCUCAAGAAUUAGUUCAGCAAUACAGACGUGCCUUUUGUUACUUAAAUUACUGUGUUAUCAUGAACGAAAAGGGACUUACUAUCCCACCUGUGCCAGAAGAUUCCGUUCCUAAUGAUAUUAGCGCGUACAUGGGUACGCGUCUUCCUAACGAACUAUACUAUUAUAUUUCUCGUGGCUUGCUCCCUUCUAGGAUGAUUGGAGCCCUAGUGUCUGGUUGUUUCAGUGAUCCGGUCUCCAUACUAGAGCAGCAUGUUGGGGAUUCCUCAAGCCAGGAAGUCAACGAAAAGCCAGACCUCACUUCCCGUAAAAAUGCUGCUGCUCUGGCAGCAGUUAAUCAGCGGAGGUUUGUUGAUGAUCUAGAGGAGAUUUGGUCUCAAGGUCUCAAUCUAUUAACUCAACCUCUUCACCGAUUUUAUCAAGCUCGAGAUGUAAUUUCCCUUCACGGACAUAACCAGCAAGCAUCUUUGAAGGUUAUGCACAGCUAUGAUCCUCCGCUAUACAACGACACUAGAGCCUGGAUGAUUUACGAUGAAUGCAUACCCCUGAAUAUUAAGGAAGCUGUGGGUGAGAAUAAUCGUAUAAGUAUACAUAGUAUGCUUAAUUGUUUAAGAGAUGAAAAAUUUGUUGAAAAGAGCUUCUGUCCGGAUGGUGGUAUAGGUAUAAAAAACCCACCCAAGCGUUUGCUUUCUACCACUCCAGAAAUAGUAUUGAGCUCCUUUUAUCGAUUCCUGCAGAUCCGAUCGUUUAUAUCUACGACCCAUCAACUUACUUCUUGGGGCUCUCCUUUGUUGAUGGCUCUAGAAAAAUGUGACGUUCAGUAUCAAAGUUCCAUGUGUGUUCUGUUUGAAUUACUGCGCUUACGACAAAUUAAAGAGCCUAAAUUUGAUUCUGCAACUUCUUCCACUCUUUCUAUCCCCUCUGUUAUAGAGUUCUUAUCAAAACUUGCUACAUUCCUUCCAACUGAAAAAGAAAAAAUUUAUCAGUUAUCUGCGCCUGACCGCGAUUUGUUACAAUUUUAUUUGAUGCAAACAAGCUUUGGUGCCAACCUUCAUGAGUUGGCCGCUAUUUUAAUAGCAUCUGUUAUUAUGAACGCUAAUGCCAACAGAAAUCUUGUAAACCCAUACUCGAUAAGAAAAACAUUUCCUUUUCGCCGAAAUUUUUGUAGCCUACUGUCAGGUAUAAUUAUGAAUAAGCUUCUGCAGACUCUGUCUGGAAGUGAUAAGGAUACGAACAAAGCAGGUGCUGUUGAGAAUACUUUUAAACAGAUAAAGGAGGAAUUCCCCUACGUCACAGAUGCAAAAGUCUUUAUAGCCAGAUUUUUGGGUUUUUGGGCUGCUUUUAUGGAGGGCGUUAAGGAAGCCGAAAAUACUAGUGCCAUUGGAAAACUUGUUGCCAGCAAACUAUACCUUACUAAUGACUGGCUCAUGUCUUUGGGUUUGGUUUAAGACAACAAGGAUUUACAGUCUUUAAAGUCUCCUAAUACUCUUGGUUUUAGGCUGCUAGUUAUAUAUAAGUUGUUUCGUACAAACCGUAAGAUCAUCACAUUUAGAAAACUUUUUUAGAUGUUUGUUUAAUGCUACUUCCCGACUUACACGAAGAUUUUGUUGUGCUUAGUAUAUUUCAAACUGCUUCCUUUUAUAUGAUUUGCACGAAUUUAUACGAACAUAGUAUUUCAAAGCUGAGAUUUAG